AUGUUUGACACGGUCUGCACACUUCCGCUUUCUGCAGAUUUAUUCGCGCAGGCCCUUCAUCCCAAAGAGCCUGUUGUCUCCGUCGGACUCUCGACCGGCCAUGUGCAAACUUUUCGACUUCCGUCCGAAGAGGUCGACAGCGACGACAACAAUGUCGCGUCUAACUCGUCGGCGCGGAAUGGCAAGGGCCAUAUCGACACCAUGUGGAGGACAAGACGGCACAAGGGCAGCUGUCGAACUUUAGGUUUUGGCAUUGACGGGGAGACAUUGUAUUCCGCAGGGACAGACGGCUUGGUAAAAGCUGCAAAAGCGGAGACGGGCGUCGUGGAAAAUAAGAUUGCGAUCCCUACAGAAAAGGAUGGCUCUAUCGAUGCUCCGACAGUCGUCCAUGCCCUGUCUCCUCAGACCCUUCUUCUCGCUACAGACUCAAGCGCAUUGCAUCUUUACGACCUUCGCAAGCCCUAUUCGACUGUUUCACCACGCCCGGAGCAAUCGCAUCAUCCUCACGAUGACUACAUCUCAUCCCUUACUCCUCUACCACCCUCGGAUACCAGUACAUCAGGCUUCAGCAAGCAAUGGGUUACGACUGGAGGUACGACGUUGGCCGUGACAGAUCUGCGACGCGGAGUCAUGAUGCGCAGCGAAGACCAGGAGGAGGAACUGAUCAGCUCAACAUACAUUGGCGGGUUGCCGGCCAGUCGAAGCAGCCGUGGUGAAAAGGUCAUUAUCGGCGGUUCCAGCGGAGUGUUAACUCUCUGGGAGAAAGGCGCCUGGGAUGACCAAGACGAGCGUAUCUAUGUCGAGCGUGGUGGUGCUGAGGGUGGUGAGACUUUGGAAACCAUUUCCGUUGUCCCAGAUGACCUCGGAAAGGGCAAGAUGAUUGCUGUUGGCGUGGGCACCGGUAUGAUCAAGUUCGUCCGCAUUGGUGCCAACAAGGUCGUCUCGUCCAUCAUGCACGACGAGACUGAAGGUGUUGUGGGGUUAGGAUUUGACGCUGAGGGUCGUAUGGUCAGCGGUGGUGGCCAGGUGGUAAAAGUCUGGCACGAAGCCUUGGAUGAAGAUUCUGGUGAUGUCGAACUCGGUUCAAAGCGCAUGAUGGAUAGUGAUAGUGAAGGUAGCGACGACGACGACUCGGGUGAUGACAGUGACCGCGAGAGUCGGUCUGGCGACAAGUCCCGCCGGAAGCGAAAGAAGGCCAAGGGCAAGGACCGCACGGGAGGACAGCACAUCAUGGCAUUCCAUGAUCUUGAUUGA